AUGUCAUCUUCGUUAUUACCACUUUUACAAGUUCAACUCAAUCAAUAUGUUUUACCAAUAAUCAUGAUAUUGGGUAAUAUUGGCAAUGCUUUUAUUGUAAUUUUAUUCAUUCAACAUCGUCGUAAUUCAUGUUCAAUGUAUCUUAUAUUAGCAGCAAUAAUGAAUACUGCUUUUAUGACAUUGAAUAUUCCAAUAACUCUCUAUACUAUUAAUUACGGAGAUCCAACAGUUCGAUCUCUAUCUUUUUGCAAAAUACGUUUUUAUCUUUAUCAUGUAUGGGGUCAAAUAGCUAGAUAUGCCAUCUUACUUGCAUGUGUUGAUCGCUUUAUUAUGACAUGUAAUUAUGCUCGUCUUCGAGUCAUGAAUCGUUAUUCAUUAGUAAAAUGGAUUAUUGGAAUUGUAUGUAUUUUCUGGCAUAUCUUUCCUGUUCAUAUACUCAUAUUAAUGACAAUUACUAGCGGAAGAUGCGGUCCAACAGAUGUUUAUUAUCUAUUAUAUUAUAUUUAUCUUUUAGUUUUUGUUUGUAUAAUUCCAUCAACAAUAAUGGUUAUUUGUGCCCUUUUAACCUACCGUAAUAUGAGACAAUUACAUAAUCGUGUUCAGCCAAUUGGUAUUAACAAUGCUGGCGAAAAUAAUAGAAUUACAAUUCAUCGUAGAGAUCGAGAUUUACUUAGUAUGGUACUUGCAGAAGUAGCUAUUUAUGUGGUAACAACGUUUGUCUAUCCAUUUAUUAUUAUGGAAAUUUCAAUAAGUACUACUAUGGGUGUUACGAAAAGUGUUACAUAUCUUCAAAUUGAAAGUUUUAUUUCUAAUUUUGGAACAAUACUUAUUUAUUUUAAUAGUGCUGUUCCUUUUUAUACAUAUUUCCUGGUAUCAAAACCAUUUCGUAAAGAAUUCAAACAAUUAUUUGGCAAAUGGAUGAGACAAACAGUUGGAGAGAAUAAUACAAAUGAACCUUUAGGAACACGACAACUUCAAAAUUAA